GUGCCGCUAUGUCGUGAAGUCCUCCUGGAAAGCAGGUACACCACUCGGAUUUCCCAGAUACCUAAGCUACAGGUCAGUGGACAAUUGGCAUGGAACCCCGAUGCAAGACUCAGGGGAAUGGAGGUUGUCUGGCGGAAAGACUCGGAGGAAAUCAGUGCACCCGUUGAGGAAGUUGUCAGUGACAACGAAGGGAGUCGUCAUUUGCAGAGCACACUGCAACCCUACACUAUUGGUAUGCUAGCUGUAGAACUACCUAGAACUGUACAUUCUCGUCAUUUGCAGAGCACACUGCAACCCUACACUAUUGGUACUGCUAGCUGUAGAACUAGAGUGUAGAAACAUAUUACUCUCCUAGGUAUGUAUGAUAAACCUCUACACACCUUGCCAAGAUCUGUGAUGAUGUGGUUCGUGUAGGUUCGAUGAGGUUCGAUGUGCUUGAACCACCCCGAACUAG